AUGGUCCUAAAAAUUGAGCCAUUGGUGGCUGCUCUUGCUGCCAUUCAAGAGGCUUAUCCGAAUAGUUGUCUUAUCUUACUUUCUCCCCAGGGUAAAACUUUUACUCAAAGUGAUGUGCCACGGUUGCUUAAUCAGGCCCCUAACUUACAAAUAUCAAUCGGCGAUUUUAUUACCAUGGGUGGGGAAAUACCGGCUUUGGCAAUUACCGAUGCCUUAGUUCGGGCCAUUCCCGGUGCUAUUCAGCCUGAAUCUUAUCAGCAAGAAACAUUCCAAAACUCCCAGUUAGACUUUGCUACUUACACCCGCCCUGAGGUAUUUGAAGGCUUAAAAGUUCCCUCGGUUUUAUUGUCGGGAAAUCACAAGGAAAUCAAUGAAUGA